UAAUAGAUCUUUAUUUACUUGCAAACAUGUUUUAGCAGCUUGGUUAGCUGCAGUUACUAAAAAAAAAUUAUCUCAUCAAUAUAUAACAGAAAAACAAUUUCAAAAUUUGUUAUUAUAUCAAGUUUCAAAUAAACAAUAUGUAUCCUGAAGUAGAAACUAAUUCAUUAGUUGCAAAAUUAGGAAAUCUUAAAACCAUAGUACAAUUAUUAAAAGCAAUUAAUUUUAAAGAGAAUGCUACAUGUUUUGGUACUGAAAAUGGUUUGAAAAUAACUGUAGAAGAUGCAAAAUGUAUGCAAGCUAGUGCUUAUAUUCCAACUCAUGUAUUUCAAAUAUUUAAUUUAAAAGAAGAUGUAAUUUUUAAAGUUAAUUUAAAUAUAUUAGUGGAAUGCCUUUGUAUGUUUUGGAGUAAUAUAAAUUGCCAAGGAAGUUCUGUAGCUUUGCAACUUUUUUAUAAAGGUAAUGGACAUCCUGUAACAGUUCUUAUUGAAGAAGAUGGUAUUAUAACAGAUUGUUCUUUAAAAACACAAGAACCUGAUGAGUUGUUAGAUUUCCAUCUUGAACCGGAAAAUGUUUUGAAUAAAGUAGUUCUUCAAACUGAAUUGUUAAAAGAUAUCUUAUCUGAGCUUGAUUCAAGUAGUGAUUUGAUUGAGCUAUUUUUAUCUCCUUCCCCACCUUUCUUUCGUAUUAGUACAGCUGGUUUAGCUGGAAUUUGUCAUAUUGAAUUACCACAUGAUGGUGAAUUGAUUGAUAAUUUCCAAUGUACUUCAACAGCUACAUCAAGUUAUAAACUUACACAUAUUAAGCCAGCUAUGAAAGCAUUAUCAUGUGCAAAUAAAGUUUCAUUGAGAACUGAUUCAUUUGGACUGUUGUGUUUUCAAUAUAUGGUUAAGACUGAUGAAGGACAUACAUGUUAUAUAGAAUAUUAUAUUUCUCCAGUGAUAGAUCCUGAUGAAUAAUUUGGAAUGGAGAUAGGAUGAUAAAUAUUGAUUAAAAAUUAUUUUAAAAUGUUCUUUUAUUUUAUUAGAUUUGUAAUUAAAGCUUUCCAUUCAUUGUAUCACAUAAAAAAAAUA